AUAUUUAAAUCAGCUCUUAAUGCAAUUAGUAUAACGAUUGCUCGAUAAACCUUUAAAAGGUCUGUGAAACGUGCGUCCGCAGCUCAGUGCGAAGACCGAAGUCAAUUGCCGAUGGCAAAAAUGAAAUUGUUGCUGUGUUGCCUCCUCAGUCUGCUCUGGUCUGGUGGCAGCUGCUGUUGGCCGAAAUUUGGCCUGGAAGUGGAGCGUCGUGAGGAUGUGCUCUAUAAUUUGUUGGUCCAGGUGAAUGUGGAAGAGCCAAUUGUGUUGUUGUUGCUGCUGCAGCGUAGGCAGCCAACUAAUUUGGAUGCUUUACAACACUGGCCGUUCUCUAAUUGGCCAGUGUUGCGUUACGACGAACGAAACGUGAUUCGUGUCAUCAAUUAUACACGCAGAGCAUUAGCAUUGAUUUACAUACGUGAAAUACGAGAUGCACUGCUGCUGACUGCCGCAUUGGCCGACAGCCUGGAGGGCAUGCGGGAGGCGAGAAUUAUAAUUUGGCUGCAAAUCGAGAAGAGCAAUGCUCAAGAGCUGCUGGACCUAAUUGGUCGUCAGGCGAGGCGAUAUUAUUAUUACAAUAUCCUAAUAUUAAUUGGAAAAGGUCGGCGAUUUUCCUUGUUACGCAUGCAGCCAUUUCCUCAGCCCAGCUACGAGGAGAUGAGGUUGCCUUUGAACCGCACGCUUAACAGCACUGAACGCCUCUUUGUGCAACACUGGCGCAAUUUUCGGGGCAAGCGAGCCGUGAUGAUACCCUCGCUCGUGCCCCCGAACAGUUUCAUCAGCCGUGAUCCGCGCACGGGUCGCGAAUACUUCAACGGCUUCUGCUACAAUCUGAUGGAAUCGUUUGCCAAGCAUCGAAAUAUCCAACUUGAGUACUUCAGCCCGUUUCUCAAUGAGACCCGUAGAGCUCAACAUAUGCCCGAGAUAAUGCUGCUAAUAGGUCGGGGCGAGGUGGAUUUUAUAACCAAUGUGCAGCCCUUUUCGCAGCGCCAUCAAGCCGAGGGCACGCAGAGAUCGGCAACGCUGGGCAUGGUCAGUUUCCUGAUUGUGGUGCCCUGUGGCCAUGAGCUGAGCAUCGGGCAGAUCUAUUUGCGAAUGUUUUCCCCGAAGUCGAUGCUAAAGCUGCUCGCAGUUUAUGUUGGCCUCAGUUUGUUCGAGACGUUCGUGGCUUAUUGUUGUCGCAAAUCGAAAUUGAAUUUUCCCUACUCUCGGUUCGUCUUGAACUUGAAUGUCUUACGGAAUUUGAUCAAUCAUACGGUGCCCAUUGCCAGACGUAGUAGGCUGCCAGUGAGAAUCUUGGGCUUUCAACUGGCUCUGCUGGGGAUCAUGUGCAAUAUCUCAUUUAAUGCCACCCUGAGCACCUGGUUGACCAAGCAGCCGCGUGAACGCCACAUACAGAACUAUGCCGAGCUGAAUGCCAGCCGAUUGCCGGUACUGUUUGAUUAUGCCUCGUAUGAGCUCAUCGAGACGGAAUACGAAGCGGAUUUCUUUACCAAAAAAGUGCCCAAUGCUGUCUGUAUGGAGGCCAAGGAUCAGGUCGAGCUGUUGCUUAGCCUGAACACGAGCUAUGCCUAUCAGACGUAUUCUUUGAUCUGGAACGCUUUGGAAGUCUAUCAGCGAAACUAUAAGCACCCACUGCUAUGCAAAUCGAAUGAUAUACAUAUUGCCGAAGAAUUUCCAGUGAAUACGAUAUUGCAGAAGAAUUCGAUCUAUGCCGCUGCCUUGGACGAGUACAUUUUGAAUGCCCAGAAUGUGGGCUUAGCGAAACUAUUCAAGCUGAGAUCCUAUCAUGACAUGAUGAUUGGCAAAGUUCCAUCAUUGGCCUGUGAUUCGUUUAAGAGUCCGAUUUAUACCCGUUUCGACGACCUGCAGCUCUUCUGGAAAUUAUAUCUUGUCGGCCAUGUCAUGGGCUUAUUGAUUUUCAUAGCCGAAUUGAGUGUGGGCAGAAGGCAAACGCGCGUAAUUGAAGCUAACUGA